GGAAUCUGCAGGGAAAGAGCCCUCGGAGGCGCUCCGGGAAUAAGAUGCUGCUGGCUUAGAGAGAUCGAGCCAGGAAGAGAGUAGAGUAAGGUCAGGCAUGGACAGAGGGCUCAGGAGGAGAGGCUGACCGCGAGGUGGGGACCAAGUGCAGAGAGAGCCUCGAGGACAGUCACGGGGGGAAAGAACCCCAGUGUGGGGAGUGGGUCGAGUUAGGAGAGAGCCCUGAGGAGUAUCGCUCUGGGCAGCAACCUGAGUGAAGAUCUAUUUUAUCGGAGACCACCCUACGGUGGAUCACUCUGGAGAGCCCCUCGAGGGCGAUUUCUUGGGGCCAACUCUAAGGGGUAUGGCACGGCUACAACUCUGAAGGCGAUCCUUAAGAGACAAUCUCCAAAUACCGGGAGACUUUCGGGAGUGGCAGGGAGAACCUCGUGGGGCGAGAGGGGCUGGGGGAGCCUCGUGGAGAGCACCUGGAGGGGCAUUGCGCGGGAAUCAAGUGUUAGUUUGGGAAAGUACGAGAUCCCAGAGAGCAGUGCGAGCAGAAAACGGAACCUUGAGUUCGGCAGCAAUACCGCCUAAACCCAGGGAGCCCUGGAGCAGCUGUGACAGAGGAGGAAGAGGAGCCAAAGGCGGGAGGCGCAGGUAGAAACAAAGGUAGAAGAGAUUUGGGCUGGGAGCCAGGACACCCAAGUUCCUCCACUCUAUGAUCUUGAUUGGUGACCUCAGCAUCCUCUUCUAACACUACUAUCAAGACCUCCUAAGGCCAUGGAGACUCCCAACGGAACAGAGCCUUGGUACGAGAGCCUGCAGGCAGUUCUGAGAGCCCUGAAUGCCACACUGCACCGGAGCCUUCCUUGUCAACCAGGGCCACGACCGGUUCUGGGUAACCAGACCCAGGCUCCCCGGAGCAGGCUGCCUGGCCGAGAUGACAACUCCUACAUGUACAUCCUCUUUGUCAUGUUCCUUUUUGCUGUCACGGUGGGUAGCCUCAUCUUGGGCUACACACGCUCCCGCAAGGUGGACAAGCGCAGUGACCCGUACCAUGUCUACAUCAAGAAUCGUGUGUCAAUGAUCUGAUACUGUGGGGUGGCCAGGAGAACCCAGGAACCUGGAGGCUG